GUCUCGGCGGCACCGCUGCCGCCGGGCUCCGGCUGCCGCGGCGGACCGCGCUUGCGCCACCGCCACCAGCCCCACCGCACGGGUCUCGGCUGCCGUGGCCUCGCCAUGUCUGCUUCCUCCUUCUCCUCCUCCUCCGCCGCGCUGCAGCCGGUCACCCACCUCAUCUUUGACAUGGACGGUCUGCUGCUGGAUACUGAGCGUCUCUAUACAGUGGUAUUUGAAGAGAUCUGUGGGCGUUUUGGAAAGAAGUAUACCUGGGACGUGAAAUCAUUGGUCAUGGGUAAAAAAGCACUAGAAGGGGCACAGAUUAUUCGAGAUGUUCUAGAUCUGCCAAUAACCAAAGAAGAGUUAUUACAUGAAAGUAAAAUGAAGCAGGAGAAGAUAUUCCCUACUGCUGAAUUGAUGCCAGGGGUUGAUAAGCUGAUCCGGCAUUUACACAAGCACAACAUACCCAUAGCUGUUGCCACUAGCUCAGCUGAAGUGACAUUUCAGGUGAAAACAGCCAGACACAAAGACUUCUUUGGUCUUUUUCAUCAUAUUGUGUUGGGAGAUGACCCUGAGGUGAAGAGUGGCAAACCACAGCCUGAUGGUUUUCUAGUUUGUGCAAAGAGAUUUCACCCUCCUGCAGCUCCAGAGAAGUGUCUUGUGUUUGAAGAUUCACCACUAGGAGUCAAAGGAGCACUGGCAGCAGGAAUGCAAGUGGUUAUGAUACCAGAUGAAAAUUUAAAUCCAGAUCUUAAAAAGGAGGCAACUCUACUGCUGAACUCCAUGGAGGACUUCAAACCAGAACUCUUUGGCUUACCAGCAUAUGAUUAAUGCCUAGUGUUUAUGCACAUAAGCUUGACUGGAGUUCACAAAAGUGGAAUUAAAUCUUGUUAAGGUUUUAUAAGUGUUUUGCUUUGUCUCUCUUUCUUAAAGCUAGAACACAAAAAUCCUGUUGACUCCAAGUCUUCCAACCUUUGAAAAUUGACUGGAAUAUUACUUACUUGCUCUCAUGAUAAAUGCUAAAUUAAAGGAGCAUUUCAUCUUGUGAAGUGAAUCCACCCUUGUUCUCUGUAGAUCAUAAUGUUUUCUGGGAAUAUUAUGAAACUAUUUAGACAAUUUAUGGUAACUACAUUGGAAGCUUCUUGUUCUGUUUCUCCUGUUUCUCCUUGAAUGGCUUACUGUUUAGCUCUUAACCAGAAAUCUGUUCUGGAUUGGCUUCUAUCCCAUUACAUUGUUUUUGAUACAUUUAUCGCUAUCAACAUGUUUAUCCAUUUCCUCAUCCUGUAGUUGCCUGUCUAUUCCCCUUUGUAUCCUCUUGUCAUUUUUUGUAGUUAUUUCCGAGGAUUUCCUUGUACUUUCUGUAUUUUUUUUUCUCCUUGGAGGUUUAAUGAGAUGACUUCCAGAGAUCCCUUACAACCUCCAUUAUUCUGUAAUUCUCUGAUUAUCUUUUUUUGGGCAUGUUACAUGCCUACUAGAGGUAUACAAGGUUAUAUGGUCCGACUUUUUAAGCAAAGUGCUUUGCAUCUUCCUUCUUUCCUUAUAUUCUUCUUAUUUUCCAUGUUGCCACGUACCCUUCCCUUUCAUACUUCUGAAAUGAAUUCAUCCAAUCUCCUUGUUUUAAAGCUGAUAAAGUUAGGGCUUCUAACUCCUUCAUACCCAAAUAGCUUUCUCUAGGCCAUCCUUACUUUUCUGCUCUUUCUUGAGUCCUUUUUUAGGUGUGUUUGCUAGAGACAGUCUUGAAAUCUAUUUUUAAAAUAAAGAAAUUGUACUUUGGGUUGAUUUAAAUACUUAAAAUUGAUUUUCCUGGCUACUAUAAUUUCCACAAAAUUUUUAUGUUGUCAUCUUUCCCUCUUACCUUUGUUUCUGGAAUCUUGUCAAGGCAAAGGUAGGAAGUCUUAAGAAAUUGCUAGACAGAGAGAGGUUUUGAUGGAAUCCAAAAGUACAUACAUGCCAAGAUGGAAGCAAUGUCUUUUACUUUUCAUUGUUCAAAGAAAGCUGUAGUGUGUGGGUUUAUUACUUUUAUAAAAUAAAUUAUAGCAUUUAAAAAUAAUUUUCUGAUUGAUUGUCCAUAAAGUACUCCAAAAAUCCUGGUAAAAUAUCUGUCCCCAUAAAAUCAAUGUAUAUGAAGUUGGUCAAAUAAGAAAAUUUGAACUUUUUUUUUUUUUAAAUAACAUCUGUUUAUCUGCGGUCUUCCUCACAAAACCUUUUCUAGGCAUUUUUGGUGUUCACUGUUUUAGUUAGAAAGCUUUUUGUCCACGAACAAAAAUAAAUGACUCAUUGAUGCUUCA